GCUGCGAGCGGUACAGCAGCCACAGUUCACUGCAGUGCAGCAGCCAACCAGCAACCCGCUAGCCGACAGAAAUAUGGAUGAAACGAAGAUACGAGUCAACGGCUGUCAGACUGACCUCCUCUGCAUGGGCCCAUAAACAUGUCCACAGAUGACAGUAUCUCUGAGGAUGUGUCCAGCUCGGGGGCCCUAAGCCAUGGCCAUGCCAGUCCUGAUGGAGACGGGGGUAAGGAGAGCGAGACCUCUUUGGUGUCCUCUGAGGGGACAUCAGCCUCAGGACUGGCUGUCUCAGAGGAGAGACACGCAACCUCCCAGCCAGCAGGAGGCCCAGUGGAGAGCAGGCCCAUGGAUAUCACACCAGCAUGCAACACCAUCAGGAGUCUGUGUCUGAGCACAAAUGAAGCAUUUGAACAAGGGAAGAGCCUCCCAUUCAUCAACCCGAGCUCCCUCGAGACCCUGAGGGCUUUGGUGCAGGAGAUCCAGAGCAGCGGGGAGACCGACCCUGAGAUGUGGAAGGAUUGUGAGGGCCGAUGGCUGCACCUGUUUCAGCUGGUUGAGAAGCAAUACCAAGAUCAGAUAGUCGCUCAGCAGGAGCAGUACCAGUGCCAAAUACAGUUGAUUCAGGAUGAAAUUAAGGCCCUGGUUCAGCUCCAGAACCGCCCGGCCAGCGUCCAGCCGCACGCCGAGUUCUCCCCCGCCUCGCUCACCAAAACCACCACCGGCACAAAGGACUACAUCUUCCCCCUCAGGGUCCCCAAAGGUACACCAGGGGACUUUGAGAGCCUGAUCGCUUUGAGCCCCCCCCAUCCUCCGCCCCAGAGACCCAAGAGCCGAGACCAGGCGGAGGAGCGGGCCGCCACGGGGCUCAGCAGCGGCUACGGGACUCUGUCGGCCUGGGAGACGGGUCCAGAGCCCUCCGGGUCCCCGGGGAACCACGAGGAGGGUUGUGAGAGGAGGGACAAGCGUCACUGGUCCCCCAACCUCCAAGAAGACACAGGGACAAAUGGGAUUAGGGGCCAGCAGGAUUUACUAAGUGACCCGUUGGACUACCAGCAGAAAACCUCUGGCACCAGCCAGCUGCUGACCUCCUGGGCCCAGAGGCAGAAGCUCAAGCCCAAGAGGAGCAGAGCGGCGCCGGCUUCAUCCCAGAGCCACGAGUACGAGGAGCAGCCACUCGGCCCCCGAGAAUCCCACAAACCAACGGACCUCCCCGACCAGGUGCCGCGCGGCUCCUUCUGCCUGAGGAGGAGCGACAGCCUGACGUCGGAGGCCUCGGGCCUCACGUACUGGCGUCUGACCGAGAGUGAGCUGUACCACCCGCUGCCGGACAGCUUCGACAGCGGCGCUUACCUCCUCCUGCAGGAGGCGUCCUUGAGUCUCAGUCCGUCUCAGGAGGCUCGUCCGUCUCUCAGAGAAAUCUACAAGAACAAACAAAGAGCCGAGUGGGAAGACUCCGUCACCUCCGGUCCUUCGUCUCCACGGGUGUUGACUUUGGACCCGGCAGCGAACCAGCGGCAGUCGGAUCGAACCUCUGGCUUCACGUCACCCUCUCACUUCAGCAGCCCCUCGUUUGCCGCUCAGCCCCCCCACUCCCCGAGAGCGGGGACCCCCGACAGCACGGUGGAGAGCAGCCCCAACCCGGGAGACACGGACUGCAUCUCCGACGCCUCCAGCGCUUCAGCCGCCGGACCUUCCCCUUCCGACGGGCAAAAGCUGUGGGGGAACGCGGCCCGCGCCCCCCCCUUCACCCUCCACGGCGAGAGCCGGCGCCGCCCCCUCGCCGCCAGCCAGCAACGCGGAGCCGCCGCCCCCUUAACCAGCGAGGAGGAGGAGGGCAGCAACACCCACACCAGCACCGUGAAGCCCCGUCCGGCCUCUGCAGGGGGGCCACACGCGGAGAGAGCUGCUUCUCUGGAGGACCCGGUCGUCCUUUCUCUACUGAGGCAGAACCUGAGAGAGAAGCACUCCCGACACGUGGCCGAUCUGAAAGCGUAUUACGAGUCCGAGAUUCAAGUGCUGCGAGACAAGCUGAACCUUCGAGAUCUGCCCCGGGACCUGGAGGAGAGCAACCAGGCCCUCGCAGAGAGGUGCAAACAUCUGGAGGAAGCCCUGGCUGAGGCCACCGGACGCAUCCGACACCUGCAGGCAUCCAACGGCCUGUUGGAGAAAAAACUGGCAGCCUGGCCGGAGCGCUACGCCGUGGCGGGCGCCGCCGUGAAGACCUUGCAGCAGCGGCUUGAAGACGGCAGGCGCUCGGGCAAAGAGAAGGACGCCUCGGUCGCGCGCCUGAAGGCCCGCGCGCGGCAGCUGGAGGAGGCGCUGCAGAAAAGCUGCAGGGAGGCCGCAGAGGGGGAGGCGAGGAGGGAGAGGGAGUACAAGAUGCUGCAGGAUCUGCUCGGACAAUACGACUCGCUGGGGAAGGAGCACGAGGGACUGAAGAACAACUUGGUGUCCACAGAGAACAAGCUCGUCGAUGCCACCGAUCAAAUAUCAGACCUGAAGAGAGUAAUCUCCAAACUGGAGUCUCAGGUGAAGCAGCUGGAGCACGAGAACCAGGCGAGGGCUCGUUAUUCUUCUCACAGCAGCACACAGCCAUCUGGGGCCGGUCUCCUCCACCAUCCUGACCUGCUGAGGUCUCCGGGUAAAAGCACCGCCCAGACGGACGUCCCCCGCAGGAAGUCCCCCUCCGACAAAUCGCCCCUCCCCCAAACUACCCCCUCCAGUGUCCACAAGAAGUCUCCGUAUUUAUCAAACGACCAGUCAUCAGGACCCAGGAGCUCUGUGGACUCCUCCUCAGCUGGGGGGAGCUGGAGGUGUGCGUCUCCCCCGGAGUGUGAGCAAGCGCUGCCUCAGCAGAGCCCGCGGGAGGCGGCCCGCAGGGAGGGAACCUGCUCUCUGACCCCUAUGAUGAGGGCCCUCAUACAGCUGGAGGAGACCAGAGCCACGGAGAGCCGGGCCCCCUGGGUCGGCAGUCAGAGGAGCAGCGCGGAGCGGAGACACAAAGAGGCGAUUCAGGAAGGAGGCGGGCUUCAGGCGGACUGGGAGGCGGUUAAACCCGGAGGGGCGGCGCCCAGAGCGGAGAGAGGAGGAGGAGGAGGAGGAAGAGGAGCAGCAGCGAGAAGAGCAGCGGCUCUGCUGAGAGCUCAGAGGAGUUUGUCUCCAGACGGCCACAGAUCCUCGUCACUGCCUCCAGAACAUCGAAACAAACCCUCAACCACGCCCACAAAGAGAGGAACUUUACUCAUGCCCAUGUCUGCCAAGUCCAGCCCCAAACGCUGCCCCACCGAGAACUACUCCACCGCCUUCGGCCACCCGAUGCCGAGGGAGCAACACCUGCACAAAAGCCCCGAUGGAGAACAGGACCAGAGACGCCACUCGUUCCACAGCGGCAGUCCCAGGAAGAGACUCGUGUUCCCCUCAGCAGACGGCGCCCGGCCGGAGGAAAGCUUCCAGCUGGGCUGGGAGGACCGGGGAGUCUGGGCCGGAUCCGACCAGCAGGACCCGUGGGACGCCUCGGCGCCGCUCCUCAGGGACGGCCCCCCCUCGCUGGCCGAGGCCGAGAAACUCCUUGACGAGCUGACGCAGGAGAAGCUGCAGGUGGAGGGAGCUCUGAGCCGGAUGCCUCGUGCAGGCGGCAGAGUGACUCUGCAGACUCGCCUGGAUGAGGUGGCCUUGGAGAACCGCCUGGAGACACUGAACCGUGAGCUGGGAUCCAUCCGCAUGACCCUGAAGAGGUUCCACGUGCUCCGCUCCUCCGCCAACACGUAACGGCGUCCACGUGUACAGCAACUCCUCCACGCCAUCUUUUUUAUACGCAUUACUCUGGGAUAUUUUUUAUAUGUCUGACAGGCAAUUUUUUGGAGUAUAUUUUUGGUAAUGCACAGAUUUUUAAAGUUGUUUACUUUUUCACAGAAUAUGAAUAUGAUAUGUUUUACUUGCCUUUACAGCAGAGACAUUCAUCCACUUUGGAAACAUCACUGCCUUUUUUGAUCACAUGUUUAUGGACAUUUUUUUUACAUCAAACGUAUUUUUGUUUCUGUAUGUAUUUGAUGUUUAUUUCUAUUACAAGUAUUUUUUUUCCUAUUUUUUUGUGAGCCAAAUGUAUGUUUCUGUACGUAUUUUUAUUUUAUUUCGCAAAUACUUUUGUUGUAUUGUUUUUGGGGCCAAAUGUAUGAGACUUGAAGGAAAUAUUUGUUUACUUGAAUCGAUCGCCUUUUUCUUUGUUUACUUGUCAUUACAUACCUGUCUGUCUCUUUUGUCUGUCUUUCAUUUACGGGAUUAGGCGACUGGGAUUAUUGUAAUAUCAAAACCAGCACUUCUUCCCUAAACACCUCCUCCUCAGUUGUUGUAUCUCCGAUGCCCUGCAUGGACUUUCUUGCACUGCUUCCUUUUGCCAUGCAGACAUGAACUUCACUGGAACUCAAAUGUUAUUGUUGCACAAUAAAUUAAGCUUUUUAAAUAA